CUGGCAAGAAGUUUGCAACCCCCAAAUCCACCUCCAAAUCCAUCCGUACGCCUCCCCCGCGUCGAUGUUUAACACUUCAACAGCAAGCAAGCAGCGUGCGCACCAAAUCACGUGGCUAGCUCACCUUAACAGCAACAGCCUUAUAGGAGCCUGGGCGCCCAAGUCGCUGUUUGGACUCGCAGAAAUGUAUCGCAAGUUGUAACUUGAAGUCGCUAUUCGCUGCCACAAAAGCUUCAACUAUGUAUCUUGAGAGCGUUUUGAAUGCACAGGGGCUUCACGCAUUCGUUGAUUCCAAUUGGCGCGGACGCAAGGGAGGAGCGUUUCCACUUUCUAGCUCAUCAAACAUGGGCAGGACACCGGGCAGCUUACAAAAGGUACUGGUUCAGCGGCAAGCACCUGUACAUCAAGAUGGCGGACCCGGGUGCGGGGGAUUACCGGCUGAUGGGGCGGGACCCCUACUCCGCCUGCCCCUGGGUGUCCGGCACCCCCUCCGCCCCCAACCCCUCCACCGGCACCUCCUACCCGCCCAACCCGCUGUCCCCCGGCGCGCGGUUCUGCCCCCUGGCCGCCGACCCCGCCACCGACGCCCCCGAAUCGCCACCCGCCGCCUACAACAGCUGGAUGGACCCCUUCUGCACCGACGUCGCGCCGCCGGGUGAGGACAGGGACGAGCUAAGAAGCUGUGUGCUGGGCUGCUCCCAGGUGGCGGCUCAGGGCCAGUGCGGCAGUGGCGCCAUCCGCGCCCCGGCCGACCCGCACGCGGCAGUCAUUGGCGGCUACUGCGCUGUCAGCUGCGGCGUGUGCGUGCAGGGGGCGCCCAGCACCGCGCCGCCGGCAAUGGGCCAUGGCGCAUAGCUUGGACAGAGGCUGCAAGGGCUGCUUGCACACGCCGCCAUGACGGGUAGGUGCGUGGCACACACAGUCAGCUGCACAAGCAGAUCAAUGGUCACGCGCCGAUGUGAUGUGCCACUGGUUGCUGGCUAGGUGGAUGGGCUAGGUGGGCUGUUGCUGGCUAGGUGGACUGGCUAGGUGGAUGGGCUGUUGCUGGCUCUGGUGGGUGCGUGCCGCAAGCCGCCAGCGUGGGGCUGCAAGCAAGGGUCUGGAGUAGUUCGGACCCGGGCUGGGGUCGCGUGUCGGGUGGGCCAAGGUUACCCAUGGGUCACGCUACCGGCAAUAAGGGGCC